AUGGUGGAGAGUACAGGCAGGGACGUUGGGAUGCUACAGUCGCUGCAGCGGUUUGUGACGAUGAUCAGUGGGGGGGCGGCGGCGAGCAAUAAGAACGUGGCAUUCUUCCUGAGGCUGAACCUGCUGACGCAACUGCGGCAGCUGCAAAGCGGGCCGGGCGGCCACGAGGGCCGGGGGCAGCGGGACGCGCUGGUGCAAUGGUGGAUCACGCUGCUGAACUACUUGAACUCGGACCUGAACGGCGGGCGGCACCACACGCCGGCGGCGGAGACGGUGUCGGUAGCGCUGGAGUGCAUAAGCCGGGUGGUAACGGUGCUGAUGCCGCGGGCGGGGGAUGAGGCGCGGGACUUCGAGAUCUACGCGCACCACCUGCUGCUGACAGUGCACUACAUCACGAACCGACUGGUGGACAACUCGAAGCGGCGCAAGGUGGUGGCGCAGAACGCGCAGCUGCCUGCGGCGCAGAUCAAGGCCACGCUGUUGUAUGUGCAGGCGUACAAUGGGCUGCUGCGCGCGUUCAUGGGCAAGGUGAUUGCGUACGCGUACAUGUAUCUGCCUGCGGCGAUGCGGUACGAUGUGCAGGUGCUGCGCUUUCUAGUCGGGAACGUGGUGGCGGUGCCUCUCACUCGCAACGAGGUCGUGCCGUGGAAGCCCGUGCGGUUCGAGCUGGAAGACGAAGCGACGAGCCAGCAGAUGUCUCCCAAGAUGGUCGGGAACGAAGAAGACUUGAAGAUCUUCCAGGUGAUGAUUUCGUAUCUUCAGAACGACCAGGUCUUUUCCACAUUUUACUGGCAUUACUGGUACAUUCUUUUACAAUUGCACCUUUCUGCUGGUCAAAACGGUGAAUUACAGCUGGGGGGCUGCCCUGGGGUGUUGUUAUUACUGGACCAUGUCGGUAAUUCGCUCAGUCGAGACCUAUCGAAGUUUGCGCAAUAUAUGCGAACGCAGGAUCUUAAGGAGCCAUCGCUGGCGCAGGGCAACAGCAGUGCGGCGCUAGCGACUCGGCUGAACAACAUGCCGCUGACGGUGGCCAGUGACAAGCUGAAUAGCUUUGUGUACACAAAGUUCCAGUCGGUCAAAAUAUGGGAGUGUCUGCGUAAUCUGGUGGGGUGUUUUCGGCGUUUGACACGGACCAGCGCCGAUCAGUUGCUACAUAGGCUGAUCCAGGAGCACGACGUGCGCCUUCUCGAGGCAACAUCCAAAAUUCCAGCAUAUGACUCUGUGGUGGGCAACCUCGUGUACAACAAACUGCUCCAAUUUAUUGUCUUCCAGUUUGCGGGCUCGCAACCUUCCUUCUUGCAAGACCUAAAUUGGACCGGGUGGAUUAAAGGACUAGAGGGAAUGCUGUGUACAUUGAAUUCUAAUUGUCAGAGCAUCGCGCUACUCUGUCUUUUCAACAUAUGGGAUGCGAUACCGACACCACAAAGAAGAGCUAUUCAAGACAUUUUGCUAUCGGAUCUGUGGCAUCGAUUAGCCAUCGAGACGGAAUUCCACAUCGUCAGGAUAUUGUUUAUGAAACUGCUUGUGUUCAGAGUGGUACCUGAUGAUGAACUUGAUUCCAGCUUGCUAAGAACCAACUUAUCGAUGGUUCACGAGUCUGCAAAAGAUCUCUCCAAAAAAAUAACAGUAGAUACAGACUGUAUGGAUAUUAAAAACAUUUUGGCAUUUAACGGUAAUAAAAAAUUGACCCUAAUAUCAAACAAUCCAGUUACAGAAGAAGCCCUUAUCCUUGAGGAGCGAAAAAAGUAUGAAACGAACGCAAACACUGCGCAGCAACAGCCGGUCAUCCCCCCAUCUUUCCCUAUGGUCAGCACCUUGUCAAAUGUAAGGCCUUCUGUAGUACUUCUGAAGGGAAAGUACCCAUUUGAUGUUUUUGAUGAAAUGGUCAGCAGAGCCGCCUUGAUAUUGGCAGACAAAAAGGUUAGAGAAAAGAUGAAUGAAGAAAAACAAGGGGUUAGCCGUAGGUCCAGCUGGCAUAGUAAUGAUGAUAAUAAUGAACAUGUGGCAAGCUCGCAAUCUACGCCCUCAGCGUGGCACUCGAUUAUUUCAAAACUCAGCUCAUACCAUACACACUCAUCUAGCACCUCGGCAUUGCCUUCCCAGGGACAUGCUAGUACCAGAGGAAUGCGAUCUCGCACAGAGGAAAUGUUGUGUUCUGACAGUUUGGAUGUGGAGUCAGGUGAACUGCUUUCGAUGUACUCAAACAACUCGCAAGUGUCGAACCUGACGAAUUCGUCUGAAGAUCACGCGGAUCCUUCGAAACGUUAUAGCUACGGCGGAAGGGGUGUGUCGCAACUCAAGAACUGCAGCCAGGAAAGUCUGCCCAGCACGCAGUCCAAAAAGCGCAAGCUUCUGGCCCCACCGGAGCUGAAGUAUUCCUCGUCCGUUACCGAGAAAGACAAAAUAACACACAUAUUCCGCCUUACGAUGACUCAAACGCCAAGCGCUGCGGGCUCAUUUGCGAACCUUAUAACGAAACUUCGAGAGGCAAACGAAAAGUGGGGUGUGAAGGCACACGUAGAAAAGCCUCUGCCUUACGAUAAGCCUUUACCCAGCUCACCCGAGAUGCCCGGAACAAAGGACUAUACGCUAAUAGAUGGUUUUGAUUUCAAUUCCCUCUCAUCCAGCAUUAUGGGAGAUAUUCAGCAAAUUAGCGAUCUCACCAGCCAAAGCAUGGCCACAAACAAGUCCACACCUUCUCUUAUUUCAAUUCCAACAGACGGUGUUCCUGAGCCCAAUUGGGGGUUUCUCUCGAUUUUCGGAAGGAAGCGCAGCCCGAGUGCAGAUGAUGUUGACACCCUCGGUAAUCUUACGAUUACUGACUCAAAAUUAGUACCCGAAAACGAUACUGUCCACUUUACACCAGAGGUAUCUGUGGAGCCGUCAUGCGGUAGCAAUGCAUCAUUGGUGCCAGGCCUAGAACUAUCUAUGGAGUAUACUGAAAAUGUUACUCCCGAGGAUAGCAUAAAGAGAGGCCAUACAGUUUCUAUGUUUCAGAGGACUCGUUUGCAGAAGUUCCUCCGGAUCAUACUGACAUACAAUGCAACGGUACAGGAGUUUUUCACAUUUGUCGACUGCGUGAACGACACUUGUGAAGUCGGAAAUAUAUUCAUGGAUUUUGACGUUGGGCAGCAGGCCAAUAGGCACCUCAGGCCGAAUUGA